UGCCUCUCCUGUCUUCCCGAGACCCGAGUGCGGAAGUAGAAACUUCACUGUGCGGGUUCAGGGUUCCGCCUCUGAAUGGUGAGAUAGCAACUCUACCCGACACAGGUUACUUCCCAUCAAAGAACACACCCGUAAAUUCUACUGCCUGGAUCGCAAGAGAUGGCUGGACGGUUGCCGGCUUGCGUAGUCGACUGUGGCACAGGAUACACAAAACUUGGCUAUGCUGGGAACACAGAGCCACAGUUUAUUGUUCCGUCAUGUAUCGCCAUCAAAGAGUCGGCCAAAGUUGGGGACCAGGCCCAGCGCAGGAUGAUGAAGGGGGUGGACGACCUGGACUUCUUCAUCGGGGACGAAGCCAUAGACAAACCCACGUAUGCGACAAAGUGGCCGAUUCGUCACGGCAUCGUAGAAGACUGGGACCUGAUGGAGAGGUUCAUGGAACAGGUGAUCUUCAAGUACCUGCGCGCGGAACCCGAAGACCACUACUUCCUGUUGACAGAGCCCCCGCUGAACACACCUGAAAACCGGGAGUACACCGCGGAGAUCAUGUUCGAGUCCUUCAACGUCCCUGGCCUCUACAUCGCUGUUCAGGCAGUCCUUGCGUUGGCCGCCUCCUGGACGUCCAGACAGGUGGGGGAGAGGACACUGACCGGGACGGUGAUCGACAGCGGGGACGGGGUCACUCACGUCAUCCCUGUGGCUGAGGGCUAUGUGAUUGGCAGCUGUAUAAAACACAUUCCCAUCGCGGGACGGGACAUCACGUACUUCACACAGCAGCUGCUGAGAGAGAGGGAGGUGGGCAUCCCUCCGGAGCAGUCCCUGGAGACCGCCAAGGCAGUCAAGGAACGGUACAGCUACGUCUGCCCAGAUCUAGUCAAAGAGUUCAGCAAGUACGACACAGACGGGUCCAAAUGGAUCAAGCAGUACACCGGCAUCAACUCCAUCAGCAAGAAAGAGUUCACCAUCGACGUGGGCUACGAGCGUUUCCUGGGCCCCGAGAUCUUCUUCCACCCCGAGUUUGCCAACCCAGACUUCACCCAGCCCAUUUCAGAAGUGGUGGACGAGGUCAUUCAGAACUGCCCCAUCGACGUCAGACGCCCCCUCUAUAAGAACAUCGUUCUCUCGGGCGGCUCCACCAUGUUCAGGGACUUUGGCCGCCGCAUGCAGCGGGACCUGAAGAGGACGGUCGACGCCCGGCUGAAGAUGAGCGAAGAGCUGAGCGGGGGCAAGCUAAAGCCCAAACCGAUUGAUGUGCAGGUCAUCACUCACCACAUGCAGCGAUAUGCUGUUUGGUUCGGGGGAUCCAUGUUAGCGUCUACUCCGGAGUUCUACCAAGUGUGCCACACCAAAAAGGACUACGAGGAGAUCGGGCCCAGCAUCUGCCGCCACAACCCCGUGUUCGGUGUCAUGUCCUAAACGCGGACCUCGGUCCUACCUCAGGGCUCGCUGCGGGGGAGGCCCCCGUGAGGGGGAGGGGGGGGGGCCUGUAGGGGGGUGGUGUGGGAGGGGUUUGUCUGUUCUUCGGUUGUCAUUCCCUUUGAAUGGGCUGCAACUGCCAGAAGAAAAAAAAAAAACGGAACGAGAACGAAACCGAUUUCAAUUUUUAAAAAAAAAGACCAAACGCAAUUAGGCUGGAAAACUGAAGCGGGAUUGUCUUCAAAAAAAAUAAAAAAUAAAGAAAAUAAAAAUGAGGGAGGAUAGUUUAGUUUAUACGCCAAAACGAUUUAAACGUUUAUGUGUCCUGUUUUGCGGAACAGUGUGUGGGAAACAAAUCAGUGAUGAUAGUGGUGGUUUCUUGAGGAGGAAAACAAAAUUGUUUAUGGUUAUGAAAUGUAAUGUGCCCGAAAUCUUGUGUAUGUCGAUGACGUGUCCAGAUCAUGACAGGGUUUGAACAUAUGGUUACGCUUCAUAGUUUUUGGGCAGUUUAUUCGUUUUUUUAUUCAAAUAAAUAAAUAAACAGGAAGCAGGCGCAUGUAAUUAUGGAAAAAGGUUGUGGAUAGUUCUGGUGUUUGGUUUAAGGUUUUAGUAAGUGAUUAGACGUGUAGUUUUUGGGUCAGACGAGGCUCACCGAGUCAACUUUUGCACAUAAAAUACAUGCCUCUGUAGCAAAGUGUAGGUACAUGGUGAUCAACAGGUAUGAGUUCCAGCCAGUAAACUGCCCAGUUACUAUGAAGUGUUGCCCAAUACAUUUUGUCACCUGCUCAGUUUUUGCUUCAAAUGCACUUCUUUCCGUGUACAAGGCAAGAGCUUGUUUAUAUUUCAUACAAAGUUUUUAUAUGUAAAGCUGGGGAGAUCAGGAAAAAACAAUAAAGCGUUGUAAUGCCAAUAACGAUGUGGUAAAUAUGAUCCUAAAUCCACAAAGAAACCUCGGUAGAAAGUCCAGUCUGCUCCACAUGGUGGCCAGUGUUUUCUCUCCUUUUUUUUCCCUCUGCCAUUUUCUUUUUUUUCUACUUUUGAAUUUGGUCACUUUGCCACCUGCUCUGGCAAUAACUUUUCUCAAAUCUACAUCUGCUAGAGCUUUCUCUAUAGCCCUUGCCUGAUUUCUUCUUUUAUCUUGCAGCAAAAAAAUAUUAAUAAUAAAAAAAUUAUGAAAUUUAAGACUGUUGGACCAGUAUUGUAGCCUAGAACCUCAUUUUUUGUUUUUGAUUAAGUACCAAAUGGUCAAAGGAACAGAUUUGUGUAUUUAAUGCCUAGCAACAUUCCAAUAAAGGCACAAAAUUAUUUCUACA